CAGAGGUAUCGCUUAAAUGAACUGUAUUAUAAAUAUUCCUUAAAAAUAUUGUCGAAAUAAAAUGUCAUUAUCUACGUCAAAAAUAAUACUUCGAACAAGCUACUCGACGCGUCAGUGUAAAAUAGUAUUUUAGUUUCUAUGAAUUUUACUGUUGCUAUCAAUAAAUUUCAUACAACUUUCCCAAUAUAUUUGGAUCAGAAAUGGAGGGCGGCAAGAAAUUUGACAAAAAAUCCAAAUACUACUGGUCCAUUGGUUACUUUGUCUGAUUAUUCUUUUAAAGAUAAUAAACCUGUCCCAUAUGCUUCAAGACAAUUGAAGCGUAUACAAAAGCAUCAAGAAUAUAUGAGAAAAAUUAUUAAACUAGUUGGAGAAAUUGAUUUUGCAGUUGAACGACAUAGCAGAUUAUUGAAAGAAAAGGAAGAACAAGAACAGAAAAUUUUGGAUAGUCAAUUGAAACCUAAAGGUGUGUUGCCAAUUGUCAAUCAAUAAUAGUUUUUAAUUCAUUUCACAAUUUGUAAAUAAGUGUAAAAAAAUAAAAUAUGCUAUAUAAAUUUUA